GCUGACAAGGUUGUGAACCUCGGAAGGCGCUCGCGUUAGCGCCUGCCGUUGAACCACCUAACCCAACGUCGCACACCUCCAACUUUUUUGAUCGAUCGGACUUCUCGGCAACUCUUUCAUAUCUUACUCUAUUGCAAUUGAACCUGUACAAGAGAGAAUUGCAACGAGACUGUCAAUCCUGUUCGCCUGAUACGAGCUUCCUUAUCAUAAGCAAUUGCCGUGCAGGACAACUAUUGUCACUCUUUCGAUAUCUCGGGCAAAGCUGCAAAGAUGCCUGUGCUCAAGUUUGUCAGAUCCGUUUGGGAAUCAUUCCGCGCCAAUUCCGGGCUGGAGCCAAGACUACUGGACGGCCUACGCGUAACCUCCGCAUCCCCUGGCCGCGUUAAGUUCGAGCUCGACAUCCAAAAAGAACACACUAACCGCCUCAAUAUCCUUCAUGGUGGCACAAUAGCCAGCAUGGUCGACCUCGGCGGCUCCCUCGCCGUGGCAUCACGCGGCCUCUUCGCCACCGGCGUAUCCACCGAUCUUAAUGUGACCUACUUGUCGUCUGGUGGUCAGAUUGGGGAUCUGAUCAAGGCGGAGGUAACGUGUGAUAAGUUUGGCAAGACGCUGGCGUAUACGUCGAUCCAUUUUAGUAACAGUAAGGGCGAGGUAUUUGCCAGAGGGAGCCAUACGAAGUACGUGGCGCUGGCAUGGAAAGAUCCUAACAAUAUUGUGGAGGAGUUGUCGCCGAAGAAGGGUGGAAAGAAGGAGUAGUAGCAGGAUCGCGGACGAUGAGACGAUAUUCCCUCUUGUGAAUGUAAGGGGGAUCUUGGGUUGUUUCAGAAUCCACUGGUCCUGUGUAGCUUGUGUGUCUAAUGAAGAGAGCUACACUGACGUCGUCCACGUUAGUGCGUGAGAAGAAACGAUCACAGGUUACAUAGCAUGGAUCCAAACAACACCUCAGCCUGCAUUCAGAGGGAUGGAGCAAAGGAAUGCGCUGUCGUCCUUCGUCAUCCUGGUUGCGUUGCCUAUGUAACAUAUAUAUGCUUAUCCGAGAACAAGGUAGAUUCAGCCGACACUGACGUCCUCCACGCAAGUAAGAGAUCACGGGUGACGUACCAUAAAUCCAAACACUUCAGCCCGUAUUGAUGAGAUACAUAUAGUGGUCAG